AUGGCUGAUGCGAACGGAAGAAAACUGUCAGCUGCUGCAGCACAUAGCUUGGGACUAGCGAGAGAGUCCUGGUGUGCUGUUGAAUCGAAAAAGGAAGAAAGCUGGUGUCGAAAGGAACGAAGACACGACCCCCAACAGUUCAGUAGCUCCGUUUUCGAUAAACACCGACCGGGUUACGAACCAAGGUGUACCUUCACAGUAGAUGCACCUACACACUUAGAGCGGAGACAUUUUCCAGAUCACUAUAUUGGCCUGGCUGUCUAAAACAGAACUUCUGAACAGCACCUGAAGACCUUCCCAGUAUGCAGA